UCCUUUUGUUCUCAGAAACCCUAGCCUCCGAACUACUCGUUUCUUUGUUUUGCGAAACAUCUUCCUUGGCUAUGUUUUUCUCCAAAUUUUCUUUUAACUCGGGAUUUUCUUUAGUAUGUUUUGUUAUGAGGAAUUGGUCAAAAAUGGAGUUUGGGAAGAAGCGGAGAAGUGUGUUGGCCUUCACAAGUCUUGACAAUAAUAGAUUUUCAAAUGGAAGUGUUCUGUGAGGAUUGCAUUAGAGUGGUGAAGACACUGUGAGAAGAGAGCAAGAGUUGCACUGGCUUGAUCAGCUCUGAUGCCACUACAUUUGCUCUAUCUGCCCAGACUAUGCACAAGAAGUCUUCUAGUUUAGGCCGCCAGGAGCAGAGGAAGAGGAGCCUUCUGGCAAAUGGGCUUGCUUUGAAGCCUCAGAUGGGAUGGAGCGCCUGGAACCAUUUCCAUUGUGACAUUAGUGAAACCUUAAUUCAAGAAACUGCUGAUGCAAUGGUCUCAACUGGGCUUGCUUCCAUGGGAUAUCAAUAUAUCAAUAUCGAUGACUGUUGGGCUGAACAGAAUCGCGACGAGAAGGGGAACUUGGUUUCUAAAGCCUCUACAUUUCCAUCUGGGAUCAAAGCUUUAGCAGAUUAUGUUCAUAAUAGAGGGUUGAAGCUUGGAAUUUACUCUGAUGCUGGGACUCAGACAUGCAGUAAUACUAUGCCUGGAUCAUUGGGAUAUGAAGAGCAAGAUGCAAGAACCUUUGCCUCUUGGGGAGUUGACUAUCUUAAGUAUGACAACUGUAACAACAACAAUGAGAAUAUGAAGGACAGGUAUGGUAAAAUGAAGCAGGCUCUGCUCGACACUGGAAGGAGCAUCUUUUUUUCUAUGUGCCAAUGGGGACAAGAAGAUGUUCCCACUUGGGGGCAGUCUGUUGGCAAUAGUUGGAGAACCAGUGGAGACAUUGAGGAUAACUGGGAAAGUAUGACUUCACAUGCAGAUCAAAAUGAUCAAUGGGCAUCUUAUGCAUAUCCUGGUGGAUGGAAUGAUCCUGAUAUUUUGGAAGUUGGAAAUGGCGGGAUGACUACAGCAGAGUACCGCUCUCAUUUCAGCAUUUGGGCUUUAGCCAAAGCUCCCUUGUUGAUUGGAUGUGAUAUUCGAUCCAUGGACAAAACCACCUAUAAAAUCCUUAGCAAUAAAGAGGUCAUUGGUGUAAAUCAAGAUGGACUUGGUCAUCAAGGGAGAAAAGUUAAAAUAGAUGGAGAUUUGGAGAUUUGGGCAGGACCCUUGUCUGGCAGCAGAGUAGCUAUUGUACUGUGGAAUAGAGGAUCAACAGCGGCAAACAUCACUGCUUAUUGGUCUGAUGUUGGCCUCAGCCAGUCAACCGUUGUAAAUGCACGAGACCUUUGGGCUCAUUCAACUAAGAGAUCAGUUAAAGGACAAAUCUCUGCUAGAGUUGAUGCGCAUGACUGCAAAAUGUAUGUGCUCACACCAAGGUGAAAUUGUGAUUAGAAGAUGGCAUCUCUAUUAUUAGAUAGCUCAAAACAUCUAGAAAAAAAGUUAAUAACAGGUGCUAUUAUUUAUUUGUGGAAAUAUCAUAUUUCCUUUAAAGAAUUUAAUUUAUUUUGUAUGGCCACAUAAAAGAUUUCACUGUGACGUUCCCACACAUUGGAACUGAACAUUUAAUAAAAUAUGUACUUUAGUUCAGAGUUUGUGUGAAAA